AUGACCGUCGUUAGCCUCGUAGCCGCCGUCAUCUUUACGAUCAUCAUGGUCCUCGCCAUAGUCUUCUACAUCAGCCUCGUGUUUGGCGCCCCGUACGGUGAAUACUGCAUGGGAGGAAGGUUCAGCGGCCGGCUGUCCACGCAAUCUCGACUAAUUUGCUUACUGCUUCAAGUUCCCUUGUUGGUAUUGAUGGCCCUUGUGGUGCUGGCUCGAGCGGACGUGGCCUUCCCGACCUUCUAUUCGUCAUGGCUGAUUUGGGUUGUUGUCACGAUCAUGGGGUUCUCGCUGUUGAUGAACGUUAUCAUGGCCAGCAGCUGGGACCAGUACAUUUGGGCCCCUCAAGUUAUCGCGUGCUUCGUCUGCAGUCUUUGCGUUGCCUUGGAUGCGUAA